UUGUACUUUCUGUCAACCAAAAUGGCGGACAGCCGAUUAUGUUCGCUUUCGUGCGAGAAAUAACACAUUUUGAAGGGUUUGCUGAAGGGAAUCUACUUUGAGUACUUUUAAAUAAAAAAAGAAGCUUUUUAAUCGCGGAAGUGUAAAAUAUUUUUUCUUAGAAACGACGUUUUCCUGGAAUCAUCACAGUGUUGCUUUCUGAGAAGUGAUGGACGUCGUCUGAUUGGCCUUCUUGUGGAGUAUACGUCAUGGUUAUUCCCGAGGAAGAAACGCAGAGACAAGGGAAAGGAAAAAAUAAACGCAAAGGUAAGGGACGUGGAAGAGGACGAGGAAGAGGACAAGAUUUACCAUCUAACCCUGGCAGGACUGAACAUGUUGGGAAGGCUCCUGAGGCGGAUAGGAAAACAACCGAGGAGGAGCCAGGUUGUAUAAAUCGUACGGAUUCAACAGCUGAUUUUGAUGAGAAACCUGCCACUGGUGCGUGCGGUAAUUCGACAAAUGGUACCGUUGUUGAUAAAGUAGGACAGGAGGAAAGCUUCCCCUCUACCAGCGGAGAGACGACAACAGUUGAGGAACACAGUCAAAGGGGAAGUUCUUCGGGUGAAACACCAUCAAAGUCUAAAAAGACCAAAGGAAAACAACGCGGUACACAAUCAAGUCCUCCUGACGAUAAAGGCAAAGCUUCCACUUUGCCUCCGGGUGCAGCAGCAGCUGAUGCUUCGUCGACAAAAACUGUUGGUGGUACCACCCCAUCUUCAGCUGCUGUUACAAGCAGUACAGCGGCAGUGGACAGAGAAGUUGAAGAUGUGACUAAAAAGCUAGGUUCUUCUCUGGGAAGUGGAG